AUGUACUCUGUCGCCACACCAUUUCAUCCAUUUGGUGGGGCAGUUGACAUAAUAGUUGUCCAGCAGCAAGAUGGAACCUUCCGGAGCACGCCUUGGUAUGUACGAUUUGGUAAAUUUCAGGGCGUUCUUAAAGGGGCGGAGAAAGUUGUCCGGAUAGAAGUUAACGGAGUCGAUGCCAAUUUUCACAUGUGUCUCGAUAAUUCUGGUGAAGCAUAUUUUGUUAGGGAAGUUAUUUCUGAGAAGGACAACAAGGCAAACAAUGUUUUGAAGGAUUCUGAUAAUCGUGAAGGCAUCAAUAUCGAUAAUAAUUCAGAAGAUAAUAGUUCUCUUAUACAAGAGACUAAUGAUUUUGAUAAUGGUGAGGUAGAGGUUCGAGAUGAACGCAUUACUUUUGGCAUGGACCGAUUGGAGAUGAAUGAGUCUGACAGUGAGCGGGCAUUCUACGAUUUUCAUGAUGAUCAAUCUUCUCUAGAGGGUUCAAUUGAGUUAUCGGAAUAUGAUUCCCGAAGAUACGAUAGUUUAGAUAGUGUGGAGCAUAUGAUAGAAUCACACACUUCGAACUCAGAAGUAGUUCUGGUGAGUGUGGAUGGGCACAUACUGACCGCGCCCAUCUCAUCCUUGGAGAGGAAUGCUGAGAACUUGCAACUAAGCACACCUCAGUUUCACCUUGGUCCAGGUGAAGGGACUGAAGAGUACAAUACGAGUGAAGUUACAUGGACAGCUGAUUAUUUGAGUGAUUUGGACACCUCUACACGUAAAGUUACUUCUGAAAAUGCGCGUGAGGCGGAAAAUUGUAGUCAAGCUUCUGAACACAGAAUGGAUACAUGUGAAGGAGGUAAAGAGAAUCUCUCUCGUGUUCUAGACAGCCAGAAUAUAGCUAACCAGGGAAGAUACUUUUACAUGGGAAGUAGUUCAGAGACCACAUCUAAUAGUUUUAAGAGGGCUGAGGUUUUCAAAAGUUGUUUGGAGCUCCAAGAAUUGGCAGUGCAGUCUAUGAAUGCCAUUCAACAAGACACGGGUUCCUCAGUGCAGAUUCAUGAGUUUGCUGAAGAUCUAAAUGAGAAGUCCCCUCAAAGUCCUUCAACAAAUGAUGAAACUGAAGAGGGAAAUCAUGGAAAAUCAACAAAUCAAAAUGGAUUACCUCCCUCAGAUUCUGAAUAUCCAAGCACUGUUUCUUUGACAGAUUUGCAAGUUGAAGUUGAAACCCAUGAAAAAAGUACACUUGAUACAGAUCAGAGUGGUACUGAUAGCAAGCCCGUACCAUUUGUUAGCACUGAUCAGAAGCCAGAGAAUCUGAUGUAUGAUAAUUUAGUAGCCGAAGGAAUGCAGAGUGACCAGCGAGCACCUGCUUCCGUAGAUGAAUGCAGUAAAAACGAACAUCUUGACCCUCAUUCUAGAGAUUCAAGUGGCGACAUGAAAGCAGACUUCGACACAGGAAUAGAGUUAUCUCUUUGUGGGAACUUGCUUCAUGCUGGCAUGGGUUUGGGUGCAGCAGCAGAAGCCUUCGAAAGAAGCUGCAUAUCAGCUGAGGAAUUUAGAGUUUCCGCGUCAUCAAUUGUUAAAAAUGAAAACUUAAUAGUUAGAAUGCAAGGGAAGUACUUAACAUGGGAUAAAGCUGCUCCUAUCAUUCUUGGAUUAGCAACUUAUGGUUUGAAUUUAUCUGUUGAGCCAGACAACACAAUUCCAGUGGAACAAGAAACAACAGAAGCUAAGGAAAUUGAAUCUGAAUUAACUUCGACUCCUCCUGGACGCAGAUGGAGGCUUUGGCCAAUUCCCUUUAGGAGGGUUAAGACAAGUGAACAUACCGGUGGUAACUCAUCAAAUGAGGAGGUCUUUGUGGAUUCUGAAUCUAUCUCUGAGAGCCAACAUGUUGAACCAACUCCAACACCUCGUGCUGCCAGCGAGUCUCCUCGGAAGCAAGUUAUAAGAACAAAUGUUCCCACUACCGAUCAGAUAGCUUCUUUAAAUCUCAAAGAGGGACAGAAUAUGGUGAAUUUCAUCUUCUCCACACGGGUUCUUGGAACUCAGAAGGUUGAAGCUCAUAUAUACUUGUGGAAGUGGAAUACACGAAUUGUAAUUUCUGACGUAGAUGGGACAAUUACCAAAUCUGAUGUUCUCGGUCAGUUUAUGCCUCUGGUUGGGAAGGACUGGACACAUUCUGGAAUAGCUCGUCUUUUUUCUGCAAUUAAGGAGAAUGGGUAUCAGCUGUUAUUUCUUAGUGCACGAGCUAUUGUUCAAGCGUACUUGACUAAGAGUUUUCUAUUCAAUCUGAAGCAGGACGGAAAAAGUUUACCAAAUGGACCUGUUGUGAUUUCUCCGGAUGGCCUAUUUCCCUCAUUGUACCGAGAAGUCAUAAGAAGAGCUCCUCACGAGUUCAAGAUUGCCUGUUUAGAGGAUAUCAAAGCACUUUUUCCUGCUGACUAUAAUCCGUUCUAUGCGGGUUUCGGAAACAGAGACACUGAUGAACUCAGUUACCGGAGAAUAGGGAUCCCAAAAGGCAAAAUCUUUAUCAUUAAUCCCAAGGGAGAGGUAGCCAUUAAUCACCGUAUUGACGUGAAGUCAUACACUUCAUUGCAUACUCUGGUACACGACAUGUUCCCACCAACAUCAUCACUGGUUGAGCAGGAAGAUUAUAACUCAUGGAAUUACUGGAAAAUGCCCUUGCUGGAUAUUGAAAACCAAUAG